AUUAGGGCCAAGUGCUGAUGAACCGCGUCAUCCAUCACUCCAUUGGCCGAGGCUGCUCCAAGGGCGCUCGGACUCAGAGGCUUGCUCUCCUCGAGUCCUGCUUACCAACGGUGACUACUCAGCGCUGACUCCGCGCGCGAGAAGCGGACCUCUUUCCGACCUCCCCGUCAACGAGGAGGGUGUGAGUCGGGGGCGGAGGAACUAGUUCAAAAACAGGUGGCUUCAGUUCUCGCGAUGCAAUGGUCCCUCAUACUCAACUUCUUUGAUACACCCUAGCUCACUUGACACACAUCUGUCCACAAUGGUGGGAGGCAAAUCGUUAAGGUCCUCGUUUAGCGCGGGUGGCGCUACGGCUACGCAGCGUCGCAGGAGCUCCAGCAUCUCGCAAGUUCGAGCCGCCGCCACUGGCGACCCGGAUUUCCUCGCCGACAAAGGCGAGACUGGCUUCAAAGGCCUCAUUCAUAACCCCAAAUCCCUUGGACUAGCCCUCUUCGCCUCGCUCGGAGGUGUGUUGUACGGCUAUAACCAAGGUGUCUUCGGCCAGGUCCAGGUCAUGUCUAGCUUCAAGGCUCGCUACUGGUGGAUCCUUGGAGAUGAUGUGACCAACAAAACUUUGAAAGGCUUCGUAACUGCCAUCCUCGAACUAGGCGCUUUCGUGGGCAGUCUGAUGGCGGGUCCGUUGGCCGACAUGUUUUCGCGCAAGUCACCGAUGCUUGAUCACCGAUCUUCCGGUGCUAACGCGACGCAGUACUCGAUCUCUGGGUGGUGUAUCGUUUUCAUGCUGGGGACAGCGCUGCAAGUGGGAGCCAACUCCCAGAUUGCCUGCAUCUAUGCUGGUCGCUGGUUCGCUGGUAUGGCCGUCGGUGCCCUGUCGAUGCUGGUUCCAAUGUUCAACGCCGAGCUUGCCCCUCCCGGUAUCCGUGGCUCGCUUGUCGCACUCCAGCAACUUGCAAUUACGUUCGGUAUUAUGGUGUCAUACUGGAUCGGCUACGGCACUAACUACAUCGGCGGUACCUCGUAUGACCGCGCCACAGGUGUGGGUCAGUCUUCGGCCGCAUGGCGCAUCCCCCUCGCCCUGCAGCUCGUUCCAGCCAUCGUUCUCUGCAUCGGCGCAGUGUUCAUCCCCUUCUCGCCCCGCUGGCUCAUGCUUAAGGGUCGUGAGGAGGAAAGUCUGAUGACGCUGUCCAGGCUCCGUGAGCGGCCGCCCGAGGACCCUACUGUGCAGUACGAGUUCCGCUCCCUUCAAGCCGAGCGCCUUGUCGAGCGUGAGGCGGCGAAGGAGCGCUACGGUAUCGACACCGUCAACUUCCGCGUCGCGUGUCUCGAGUACAAGCGCCUCCUCACCACCAAGUCGCUACUGCACCGUCUUUUGAUUGGUGCCUCCGCCCAGGCGCUUCAGCAGUGGACAGGCAUCAACGCCAUCAUCUACUAUGCCCCCACAAUCUUCGCUCAGCUCGGGUUGACUGGCAACACUAUCGGGCUGCUUGCCACUGGCCUUGUUGGUAUCGUCAACUUUGUCUUCACGUUCCCUGCCGUCAUGUUCGUCGACUCGCUCGGCCGCAAGCCGAUGUUGAUCUGGGGAGAGAUCAACAUGUCAAUCUCACACGCCGUCAUCGCCGCCAUCAUUGCCUCCUUUGGCCCCGACUUCAGCAACAAGGCAGCAGGCAACGCUGCCGUAUUCAUGAUCUAUUGGUACAUUGUAAACUUUGCCGUGACUUGGGGUCCGCUCGCAUGGGUCGUGUCAGCCGAGGUCUUCCCCCUCGACAUGCGCGCCAAGGGCAUGUCGGUCUCGUCGGCCACGAACUGGCUCAACAACUUCGCGGUUGCGAUGGCCACACCAGUCAUGAUUGAGAAUAUCGGCUACAAGACAUACAUCGUGUUCAUGUGCUUCUGCCUCGUCGGUCUUCUCUACGCCAUCUUCAUCCUUCCUGAGCUCAAGGGGCUGACUCUUGAGGAAGUUGACCACAUUUUCCACGACACCUCAGGUGCCGAGGAUCUGGCCCGUCGCGAGCGCAUCGCCAAGCAGAUCGGCCUCGACAAGGUCGCGCGCGACAUUCAGCACCAGGAGACCGGCGGCACUGGUGCUGGCAGCCCUCUCGACUCUGCAGGCGAGAAGAAGUCGAGUGGCCCGUUCCGCUCGGAAGUGUAG